AUGGAAAUCCGGCAAGAAAACAUCGUCCUGCAAGCCAUCCCAGAAUCGACCACGACCAUAAUAAACAAUCAAGCCGGAAAUGACGCAUUCGCCCCGGCGUCCUCUGCUCAUCCGCCAGUAGAUGCAAUCCCCGAUGGCGGCUACGGCUGGACGAUAGUCUUUGCCUGCUUCAUCCAGACCUCCUGGGUUAAUGCCUGGGCCGGAUCAUGGGGUAUAUUUCAGAGUAGCCUGAUACAAACCACCCUGAAAACAAUUCCGACUAGCACUUUGACUUUUGUCGGUUCACUUGGCCUUGUAUUGACUGUUUCCUUGGGUCUUGUGUGUAUCCGGCUUUCGCGCCUGAUUGGAGCACGAUGGGCUGUAUUGAUUGGGACGCUGCUCUUUGGAGCUAGUAAUAUAGUUGGUGGCCUCGCUGUGAAUAGUCUUGGUGGUCUGUUCGUCUCUGGGGUGCUGUAUGGUCUGGGUGGAGCACUCAUGUAUACCAUGUCAAACAGCCUACCGGUUCAAUGGUUCAGCACUCGACUGGGAACAGCGAAUGGUCUAGUGAAACUAGGCGGAGGCAUUGGAGCCACGAUCAUGGUGAUCGUAGUCCAGCUGCUUAUCGAAAGAGUAGAAAUUUCCUGGACAUUCCACAUCAUGGGCUUGAUGUCGUUGGCAAGUGGUGUGCCAGCGGCAUUGUUGAUCAAAGAGCGAGCACCGAGUUACUACGGACCUUCGAUUGAUUUAUCAACUUUCAGGCGCCUGCCCUUUUCCUGUUUAUUUGCAGCUGGCGCAAUUGGUGUAUUCCCGCUUUAUGUGCCAGCAUUCUUUCUGCCAUUCGGUUCUACGAAUACCCUGCUUUUCGCAAUGGUGUUGAAUUCAGUCACUAUGUUUGCAAUCUGGCCAGUCUCUUCGACACUGGCACUACUGCUCCUCUUUGCCGCUUUGAACGGCCUAGCGAAUGGUGCAUUUUUCGUCACGAUGCCUACGGCAGUGGGCAGAUUCUUGGGACCAGGUCAAGCAGCAGUUGGGAUUGGGAUGGCUGUCACUGGAUGGUCCGUGGGUGACUUUCUUGGUGCUCCGAUUGCUGGAUUUUUGAUCCAGGCCACAGGAGCUAAUCAGGCGAAAACUAUUGGGCCGUAUAAACCGGCCAUCUUUUAUGCUGCUGGGACUGCGCUUGUAUCUACUGUGUUUGUUCUUGUAGCUCGACUGAAGAUGGAUGGCAGCCCUUUUCGAAGGCUUUAG